UCUCUGUGUUGUUUGGCAUUAUAUUUCGGACAGCAUUUUUCAUAUUAUAAUUCUACGUUAAAGUAUUAUGCAAAAAUGUGGAAGUGUUCGGUUUUGGACAUCUUAAACAUUUUUAUUUCUUAAUGAAAAGUCGAGGGCUGCAAUUGAAUGUCCCAAGCGAAUGACGUGAGCGACGGUGGCGCUGCUGCGGUCGUCCUCCCUAACUAACGACAGUAGACAAGAAUCGGCCGUACGAUACGUGAGGCCGAGCGGUGUGUUAUCGCGGUUUUUCACGAAAAUGGCCAACGACAUCAAUUCAGAACUCAAAAACAAGCACUUUCCAAUAAACCAGUUAGUAUGUGUCGGAAACUAUCAGCUGGAAAAGACGAUCGGAACGGGAAAUUUCGCUGUGGUAAAACUGGCCACACAUGUAAUAACGAAGACCAAGGUUGCCAUAAAAAUAAUAGACAAAGCUCGAUUAGAUGAAGAUAAUUUGAAAAAGACAUUUCGUGAGAUCGCUAUCAUGAAGAGGAUGAGGCACCCGCAUAUUGUUAAAUUAUAUCAGGUUAUGGAGAGCGCACACACAAUAUACCUAGUCACAGAAUACGCCUCUAACGGGGAAAUAUUUGAUCACUUGGUGUCAAAAGGCCGCAUGCCGGAGUCGGAGGCUGCUCGUAUCUUCGCACAGAUGGUGGCAGCAGUUGGUUACUGCCAUUCUCGCGGAGUUGUACACAGGGACCUUAAGGCGGAGAAUCUACUCCUGGAUAGAGAUAUGAAUAUAAAGUUGGCAGAUUUCGGGUUCAGUAAUGAAUACAGUGCGGGUGCGACGUUGGCCACGUGGUGUGGAAGCCCGCCGUACGCCGCGCCGGAACUCUUCGAAGGCAGACACUAUAAUGGACCUAAAGUGGAUAUUUGGUCGUUAGGCGUGGUGUUAUACGUGAUGGUGUGCGGUGCGUUGCCCUUCGACGGCAGCACGCUCAGCGACUUGAGGAACGUCGUGCUCAGCGGGAAGUUCCGGAUACCAUACUUUAUGUCACAAGAAUGCGAGCACCUGAUUCGUCACAUGCUGGUGGUGGAGCCGGAGAAGCGGCUGUCGUUGCGCGGCGUGGCGCGCCACCGCUGGCUGGCCGCGCACCAGCCGGGACCUGGACCUGGUCUGCCAGACGCGUCGGAGGGCGCGUGCACGUGUCACUGCGAGGGGGAGGAGGUGGCAGCGGAGGGCGCGCAUCACCACAAGGUGUUAGCUCACAUGCAGGCGCUGCCGGGACUCACAGCGGACCUCGUGCUGCAGUCGGUGCAGGAGGAGCGCUUCGACCACAUCUCAGCGAUAUACAAUCUGUUGUUGGACAAGCUGCGCCGCCGCACCGCGCACAGGAACACCAUGCAUAGAGACUCGCUGGAUUCUAACAGAAGUCAGCCGUUGGAUCUCACUAGCUGUAAGAACACGGAGGAGGAGCAGAUGGAGGCGGAGGAGUGCAGCUCGCAGGAGUGCCUGGUGUCCAUUCCCUGCGAGCCUGUCGACUACGUCAUGGAUAGAGACGAUAACUUGGAGAAGUUCGGAGAGUGCGGCGCGCCGGCGGCGGAGGAGCGGCCCGCGCCGCCCCCGCCCUCCGCGCGCCGGCACACCGUCGGCCCCGGGGACUGCCGCCACGCACAACCCAGCGAGCUGUCGGGCUGCGGCGCGGCCUCCGUAGACCUACGCCCUGCGCCGCUCUGCGUGUCCGCACACUUUAAUCAGCAAGCUUCGCCGAAUGUAUCCCUGUUGCCGAACACGAACUUGGCGGCGAAGUUACCAGCGGUGCAGCACCAGCCGCCGAGAUACUUCAGCGUUAAAGACCAGCACCUCCUCAAGCCGCCGCACGCCAUGCAGACACACGCGUCUUCGUUCGGUCGUCGUGCGUCAGACGGCGGCGCGCACGUGCCGCGCUGCGCCGACCGCAGCUGCUGCCGCUCCGCGCCCGCGCAUCAUGUGUCGGACAGCGGCACGGGCGCGCGGCCGGAGGACGGAGAGCGCACUGAGGAACAAGCUACCGACUCCGUAUACAAUACUAAUUUAUCAAGAUACAUGCAGAGCCGCGGCAGCAGCAAGAGACACACGAUAGUGACGCCAGAGGACGCUGCGAACGUGGUCACCUCCACCUCCUGCAUCGGACCUAUGACGAGCACCUCUCCCUCUUCAACAGCCAACAUUAGAAUGAGACGGACAGGUCUCCUCACGGUGACGGAGCGGCCGCCGGUUAUAAGCCCAGAGCUGGUUAUGGAAGUUGAGCGGCGAAUGAACAGGAACUAUUUACCACCUUCGAUACAAGGGGGAUAUCAGUACCAGAACCAAUCAGGGUACCAAAGUCCACCCACUGGUACGAACCAGACACCCGUACCACAAACUCCCGCACAAGGUUCUAUAACAGCUGGUACACCUAACUUCACGAACCAAAACCAGAAUAACCAGAAAAUGAUAUCUUCAUUAGAAACAAUACCACAAGGCAGUAUGAUAGGGAGGAAGGGGUCGAUUGUAUCAGGCACCCCCAUCACCAACCAAGCCGCCUCCCCCUACACACCCCCUACUGGACCAUUCUCCCCCAACCAUGGUUCACUCGCACAGAAUCAAAAUACAAUAACAGAGAAACCUAUCACAACAAACUUCGAUAAAAAUCAAUUUAGCGAAUACAAUUUCAUGAAUAACGCAAAUAACUUUUUAAAUAACUCAAAUAUCUCAUCGAAUUACUCAAAUACGCAGUUUCCAAAUAACUUUGGUUCGAUAACAAGUGGUAUACAAAUCACUAAUUACCAAAACCAGACGGGAUCUAUUACUAGUGGGACUCCGAUUGGGAAUUACCAAAGUCAAAGUAUGGGUUCGAUUACUUGCGGGCAAACGCAAUCGAUUACCGCCUCGGGUAUGUCCGGGUCGAAUGGGUCGGGUAUACCCGGGUCGGGCAUCCCCAGCGGGUCUAUAACCGCGGGAACGCCGUGCCAAGUGCAGCCGGGCGCCGCGUAUAGCAACCAGACUCAGUACAACCGGCAACGCAAGUACUCCGGACCUCAAAGGGUUAAACUACAAAUGUUAGCUACUGUACAGGAAAUGGCGCGGGAGCACGCGGAGCGCUACUCGCCGGUGCGGCGCGCGGAGAGCUCCCCGCCGCGCGCCGCGCACGACCUCGCCUCCGCGCGCCUCGAGUACCAGCAGCUGCAGCGCGGACUGGAGCGACGGAGCGGCGCGGGCGCUGCCGGAGCAUCCCCGCCCCGCCCCGACAGCAGACUGCAUACGCCCAAUACUUCCGUGCCAGGUUCCCCACGGCACCUUGGCGCGCCGCCCCCGCUGGAGCUGAGCGCGCUGAGCGUGGAGGCGGCCCGCGCCGUGCUGUGCGCCGCGCGCGCCCUGCACGACCCCGCCGCCGCCGACCUGCCGCGCUCGCUCACACUCACACAGGACUUGGCUCUGAAGAUGGGCAUCAACCUGCACAACCUGUGCUCGCCGCACGUCAACAUAUCGCAGGAGAUAGUGCAGGCGCUGCACGCGGGCGGGCUGGCGCGCGCCGGACACGUCUCGCCCGCCAGCCCCGGCUCCCCGCUGCACCAGAUCACCGAGGGCCUCAGCUACCUCCACACCGGCUCCAUCACGCGCGGCACCCCCCAACCCACCGCCACUCCCCUCGACCUGCGCAGCAACCUCGACCUCGACCCCGCGUACCCCCAGCUGCACCCCAUGGUGCACCCCCAGAUACACAUGGUCACACACCGCUCCCUCAACAACUCCCCCAUAUCCAACCCCGGAUCCCCUCUCGACAUGAUAAAGGAGGAGACCGGCAACGGCGGUCACAACGGCGAUACCAAAAUCUUCGCACACGAAUUAAGAAACGUCCAGUUCCCGAGCUACGUGUCCAAUCAUCCUCAGAUCAGUUUGACGGACUGCCUCGGCUCCGAGAUCACGCUGGUGGCCUCCUCCUCGGAGGACAGCGUCGACAGUCUGGAGAAUGCCAAGUACCCUCUGCCGCAGUUCGUGAUAUCGGAGCCCUCCGACCUGGACGACAGACCCUCCAUCACCAAGGGGAUCGGGAGGAAAGUCAGCCAGGAGAACGAGACGCAGAGGGAGGUGCCGAGAGACCUGGAGCUAAAUCUAGACAGAGACACGGAGAUGCAGUCUCCAAGGGAAAGUGUGGACGAGACCAACAGGUUUCUGACGGAAGACGUGACGUACCCAAGACGGGGCAGUGAUAAGUCUCUGGGCUUCAGUGAUGACUCCCUUAGCAAUGACUCUGCGAACGCAUCCCCCAACUGCGAGCAGAACAUCCAGUCAAUAUACUCGAAUAUUAUAUCAGUUAGUUCAGGGUUCAGUGAAAACAGAGGAAGCUUCUCCGAGCAUAGAGAAUCCUUCUCCUUCUCGGAUAGAGGAAGUUUAUCAGAGCGCGGAGACUUCGGACGGUCUUCGUUCUCUGAAAGAAGUGACUUGGGGAGAGGGAGUUUUUCAGAAAGGGGGGAAACUCCUCGGUCCUCUUUCUCCGCUCAAGGAGUCCUAGGAGAGGUGAAAGAGUACAAUGAGGAUGUGUGUAUGCCGAGAGAGAGGUACGGUUUUGAUCAGAACGAAGACCAACCUCGUCAGGAAGAAAUUGAGAAAUUGCAGCGGUCUACUAUGGAUUUACGUUUGACGGAGAUCUGCAGACCAGAGGAGAGGAUACCUAUAUUACUAAGUCCUCAGGAAAUCUCCUGCUUUCAAGAAUAUAUAGAAGUCGCUCUGUCUACUGUCUGUUCCCAACUCGAUUCUCAUCGGAUAGUAGAAUUAUUAAAAGAAACAAUUAACAUGAGGGUUCCGCCGCAGAAUAUCUUCAUAGAAACUGGAGAUCAGAAGGAAAUACAUGAUGAUACGGAAGCACUAACCGGUUUCCUAAAUCUAGAAUAUUCCGGUGGAAUCCAGAUCGAAUUGAUAAUAUGCGAGAAUAAAACUAAAGAGAAGAAAGGUUUGAAAAUGAGAAGGAUUUCUGGUGAUCAGAGAGAGUAUGGGAAACUCUGCCAGCAGUUGAUAACCAGUUUAACUGUAUAACUUUAGAUUUCCAAAUAUCGCUGUCUCUGUUACUCUCUCUGAAAAAGACAGAGAUAGCAUGUGUAUGGAAUUUCGCGGUUAUCAAGAUCCAAUAUUGAUUUAAUAUUGGAAUCUAAGUCCAAAAUGUACAAGCAAUUCUAAUACAUAAGUGAAGGGAAAAGAGUCUAUAUUCGUAUAGAUCAUUUUUAAUAUUCUAUUCCAUUUUGUCGUUGAAAUUUGUGAUAAUUAUUGUUUUAUUUGCAUUUGCAAUGUUAUUUGUGUGAGUUGUAGGGGAAUUUAAAUAUUGUCUUAAGCAGGAACUAUUUUUUAAGCACUAAGUGCAAAAAAUUAUAUAAAUUUCAGGACUUAUUAAUUAUGAAGGAAUUUUGAGUGUGGUCCCGGAUCUAAUUUCACUCCCUUUCUCUUUACCACCCUUUUCUUAUAAGAGGAUGGGAAGGGGAAGUGGAUUUGACGGUGGAGGAGAUGCAGAAG